AUGAAUCAAUGUAACAUUCGAAUUAAGCGACCCCAGAAACUAUUAUUAUUGCUGUUAUUAUUUUUAACAUCAAUAUUGGCCAUAUUGAUUAGGCCAUUUUUUUUUUUCGAAGGAAAUAGUGGAGGUCGCAUCUGUGCUGGUAGUUUAAUUGACAAUGAAACCGUUGUCACUGCUGCUACGUGCUUGGCUUUCUACGAUCCUGAUCAAUUGGUUGUGGCUGUAGAUAAUGGCGCUAAGGUCAUACAAAUAGCAGCAUACUCUUUUGAUGCUUACUUCGAUUUUGUCACAAUGGAAAAUGAUAUUGCCGUCUUGAAGUUGGCCGAAUCUGUGAACGCUAAUUACUUGGAAUUGGCUACCGAGCAACCGGCUUCCGGUUCCACUGGCAUACUCGUUCGUUUUGAUGCGAACAACACUGUUGCGGAAUUUGCUGAAACUAUAUUAAGUAUUGAGGACUGCACUUCAGGAAAGUAUAAAUACGCAGAAGGUGAUUUAUUCAAUACAAUGUUGUGUGCUCUUCCUGAGGAUACUGAUGCUUGUGGUGGCCCAGCGGGAAGCCCUUUGGUGUCAAAUAAUAAGUUAGUUGGUUUGAUUUCCUGGGGUUAUGGCUGUGCAAACAAAGACAGCCCAGCCGUUUGCACCAACUUAGAAGAUCUCAAAGCACAGCUGUCACAACCACUCGUUCUACAUGAGCCACUAGAAGGCAUUGGCUUUCAAUAUGGAUUCAAUUCGAACUACCUGAAAAAGGUGGUCGAAUAUUGGCGGAACAAUUACCUGCCCAAGUGGAGUGAACGCGAAGCUUUUCUCAAACAAUUUCCGCACUUUGAGACACAGAUUCAGGGCCAAACUCCUGCCACCAAACCCGGCUUCAAUGCAGCACAAAUGGCCAUUGUUAUGCGCAAUCUUAUGCUACGCAUUGGUUUCGACAAAUUUCUGGUGCAAGGUGGCGAUUGGGGCUCCAUAACCGGCAGCGCCAUUAGCACGCUCUUCCCUGAAAAUGUACUUGGUUUCCAUUCCAAUAUGUGCACUAUGUACACACCGUUGGCACUUGCCAAAUUGUUUAUUGCCAGUUGGGCGCCAGAGCGUUAUUUGCCUUCGCGCUUCUUUUACGAACAUCAUUUCCCGCUGAAAGCAAAAUUUGCGUCACUAUUUUAUGAGAUGGGCUAUUUCCACUUACAAGCUACCAAACCGGACACUAUUGGCACUGCUUUGCAGACCAAUCCAAUCGGCUUGGCGGCGUAUUUCCUAGAAAAAUUCCAAACAGUCACUGGACCUGGUCUAAAUCAGCAAUUCAACGCUAUGGACAAGGUGUACAAACUGGACCCACUGCUGGACAAUAUCAUGAUUUACUAUCUCACCGAUACGGCGACGACAUCGGUGCGCUUCUAUGCAGAGAAUUUAUCCAAGGAGUUCUUGGGUUUGCAGUUGGAUCGCGUGCAAUCACCAGUGCCAAUGGGCUGUGCACGCUUCAAGCAUGAUUUAACGCCGGCGCUCGACUGGGCGCUCAAAGACAAAUUUCCAAAUUUGGUGCACAGCACAUACUACAAUCAGGGUGGUCAUUUUGCCGCUUUCGAAUUGCCUGGUAUGCUGUAUAUUAAUUUCCAAGAAUUUGCGAAAAAGGUGAAUCUUGAGUAAUUUUCUACGCUUUUUUCUAAAUAAAUGUAUUUGAUUAAGAAAAACUUCAUCCGCUUACUUAU